UACGAUAGCCUUCCGCUGGACGACCUAGUGCUCGUAGCGCUCUUGCAUUUUGAGGAUUGCAGAUACAGCACACAAAACUGAGCUUCUGCAUUAGACAUUUCCGCCAUAUUGGCCGUCGGAAGACGUUAAAGCUGUAUUUUUUUCUCUGUGUAAAUACCCCCUCUCUCAAAGGCGUUUGAAAUCGGACACCGCUGGCAUUGAGGCCCUCACUUUUGUGCGGAGGGAUACGUUGUUGCGUCUGACAAUGUGGACGGAGGUGGUGAAGAUGUCUACGAGAAGAAUGAAAUCAUCUCAGUUGUAACAACAAAAAAGGAAGACGCGAGAUUAGUUACUAUAAUAGAUUUGUUUGCACUCAGACUUGCAACAUUGAAGCAAACACGUGGGCGCUGUGUGAAAAGCAGGCUUUACUGGGACAAAAGGAAGACAUCUACGGUGCUCCAAUGCGUUUCAUGCACUGAGGUCGAAAUUCUCUUGAAGUUUUAUGUUUUUCCCCUCGCGAGUCUCCGCUUUUCUUUUUACUGUUGGAUAUCAGACACUUGGAGAGGAGAGGGUUUAUUAGAGACUGAAGGGUAUGAACGAACAGCAGCAAAGAAUGGCUGCAGUGGGAACUGACAAGGAACUCAACGACCUCCUGGAUUUCAGUGCGGUUGUGUCAGCCCAAGAUAAUUCCAUCCUUCAUUCUUGGCAUGCAAAGAUGUUCGCGCCUCCAGUAGCCAAUGGGAAGAACAGGACAAUGACACUCGCCAGCAGUCAGUUUGGGGGAUCAGCAAUAGAUGAGCGCACCGGCUCUGGGUCUUGGGGCUCAGCAGAACAGAACAGCCCCUCUUUCAGCCAAGGACGGGGCUAUGGCGAAGGUCCCCACUACAGUGAGCAUGAAGGCUUGUCCUCUCCGUUCAUCAGUGCAGGGGCAGCCGGUAAAAAUGAGAGGCCACCAUACCCUGCCUUUGGAAGCCAGCCUGGUUUUCUUCCUAGCGACAUAGCGAUGCCCAGCCCAGAUGCCAUGUCCCCCUCUGGCCUGAAAUCUGGCUCCCAAUUUUACCCGUCAUACCCCAACAACCCCAGAAGAAGGCCGCCUGAUGGAGGUAUAGAAACCCAGCCAAAGAAGAUUCGGAAACCCCCUGGCCUGCCGUCGUCGGUGUAUGCUUCCACAUCUGGUGAUGAGUAUGCAAGAGACAAUGGAGGAUAUCCUGGUGCUAAGCCUGGAGCCGUCUAUCCUGGCUCGUUCUAUAUGCAAGAAGACCCCUGGUCGUCUUCUGGCUACUCUGCCAUGCUGGGUAACUCUCCUCACAUUGGACAGCCAGGCUCCUUCUCUGCAAUUAACCCACAGGACAGGAUGAAGCGUCAACCCCUGCCUCUGUCCCCACAGAACUAUCCUCUCCAUGGCAGCGAAGUCAACGGCUUCCACUCCGCCCACUCCGCCUCCACCACCUACAACCACACACCCACCAUCAACGGAGAAAACAUCAUGGCAGCCAACCGAGGCACCACAGCUGGCAGUUCAGGAGAUGAAAUUGGGAAGGCUCUUGCCUCAAUUUACCCGUCGGACCACAACAGUAAUAACUUCCCCUCAGCUCCAUCUACUCCUGGAUCUCCUCAGACGAUUGCAGGAGCUCAGUCUCAGUGGCAAAGACCAACCACACCCAACUAUGAAGCGCAACCACACACACUGAGUAAAUUGGAGGACCGUUUGGAGGAGGCCAUCCAUGUACUGCGUAGCCAUGCUGUCGGCCAGGGCUUAGAGGGCGCCCCAGACAUACACAGCCUGCUGUCCUCAGUACACAACGGGAGCCUCGCGGGGCUCUCUCCAGCUUUCCCCAAUGCAAGCCUCAGCAACAGACAUCCUGCUAUGCAGGGAGGGAAACCAGAAGAGCCCGCAGGCCUUCCUCCCAGCAGCACUCUUCUGCACAGUCAUCACGCAUCCGGACCCACGCCGCCAGUUGGCCAACCUGAAGGCUUCACCAGUCUCCCUGGUUUGGCCCGCUCCACGCACUCCUCCAGCGGCUCAGACAUCAAAAGAGAAGACAAAGAGGAUGAUGAAAACUCAUCUAAUGCAGACAAAUCAGAGGACGAGAAGAAGGAGUCCAAGGCAGCACACCUUCGACGAAAGGAGGCGUUGACCCUCCAGAUGCUCUCUAGCCUUUCAGACCAGAAAGAUGAUAGCCUAGACGAAGAAGAAGAUGAUGAAGACCUUCCCCCUGAGGUGAAGAUGGAGCGUGAGAAGGAACGGCGAGUGGCUAACAAUGCCCGCGAGCGUCUCAGAGUACGGGACAUCAACGAGGCAUUUAAGGAGCUUGGGAGGAUGUGCCAGCUGCACCUAAGCCAUGACAAACCUCAGACCAAACUUCUCAUCCUGCACCAAGCCGUCAACGUCAUCCUCAAUUUAGAACAGCAAGUCAGAGAGCGUAACCUUAACCCCAAGGCAGCAUGUUUAAAACGCCGUGAGGAGGAGAAGGUGUCUGGCGUGGGGGAAGCAGCCAUGCAGCUCUCAGGAGGCCAUCCUAGUAUGGGAGGAGAUGGCCACAACCCAGUUGGCCACAUGUAACACCAGAUCUGGUGGUGUUUCCUUGGCUGUCAGAGGAUGUGGCCUUAACAGAUUUCUUCCACCCAUUAUUCUCAGUGUGUGUGUGUAUAUGUGGACAUGUCUGUGUAUUGUCCGUUCAAGUUUCAAGAUGCACAUUCACACACUCGUACACACAUGCAUACUGCCAAAACUGACACAGCCUGUUUGUCGCACUCCCAACCAUGACUACAAGCUCAAAUGUGAAGAACUUUUUUUAGUUUUUGCUUUGUUUUAUACAUGUAAAAAAAAAAUCUUCUUCUUGGGUUACACAAGAUGAUGGAACACCGGAGUACUUUUUUUGUCCUGCCACAAAUUGGGACUUCACACACUGCCGAGAGGUGCUCUUGUGAAAGAGAGGAGACCUAAACAAACACAAAUUGAAUCAAGGAUUUGUGCCUAAUUGUUACAUGUUUUCUAUUUGACAUUUAAGCAAAUUGCUUUACAUGUGAGGAACAUUUAUUGUGAGGGAUUGCUUAUGUGUAUGAGCAAUUAUUUUUAAUGUAUGUCAUUCCCAGCGUGAUGGUACAGUCUUACAUAUGUUAUGUAACCAAGCCCAUAGUUGAAGUUGAAUUGUCUAAAUUCAGUGACUUUUCCUUGAUCUUAUCAGCGAAUGUUUGGGGAACGAAAUGGAAAGGUCAACGUCUUGACAGUUCAAAAGCAGCUUAAGAAAGACGGAAACUCUGACCUAGAGUCAGUCUCUGAUUCAGGCCCGGUCUCAUCCCACAAGGCAUCUGGAGACUUGGAGUAGAAGACUCCUUCCUUGAAGGUUAUGAAUUAUCCAAGUGGUAGUCUGUCAACUACAAACCGUUCUUCCUAUUUGUUGACCACAAAUUCUAGUGUUACUCCAGUAAUCCCUUGUCAUAGGUUCAGGUUUUUGUACUGCUUUAUGUACUAAAGCAUACUUAGACAAGACAAAGCACAGUUGCAUUGGUUUAGGCUGAAAGUUAAGUGUCGACCUUGUUGUGCUUUUCAGUCCCUGAAAGUCUUUUUAUAAAAAGCCAUUUGAGACGCUUGCUAAGUGAUCAGCACCACUUAGUGCUCUUACUUACUUAAAAUGGUUUACUGACAAUGCCAGCAGACUUAACAGCUCAAGUCCCCGUCCCCCCCCCUUCCCCCUCCCCUUAAUUAAUAUUCUGUAAAAAAACAAAAAAAAAUCUGGGUUCCUUUUUUAUGAUGAAGGGAUCUCAUCAGUCCAGUCGUUUGAAGCAGACAAGCCUUUGUGUAACGGAGGCUUCCUUUUCCUAAAUGAGCAUUCCCACUGAAUUGCAGCCCCUCACCUUCCUCCUGAGUAAGUUUGUUCUCACGUUUCUUACGGAGAGAAGUGUGACGUGUAAAUUCACUUCAUACAUUACUCUGAUAUGUUUCAUUUUUCAAAAUUAAAUAUAUAUAAAAAUAUAUAUUUUUUGUUAGUCUAUACAUUGUAGAUUUUUUUACAUAAAUGGCAAUAUUAGUUUGAAGUUUAGAGUGUAUUGUAGAUGAGCUGAAUAAGGGGGAUAUUUGACAUUUAAAUGAAAUUAAUUCACAAUUUGAACGGGGAUGGCAGAGAAAAAGGGUCAACGGAUGAAAAAGCGUUUGGUGUAUCCUUGAUUCCAGUUUUAGUUGUAAGGCGUAUCAUCAGCUACCCAGAUGAAUUUUUUCUUUCCAUUUGGGAGUAUGUGGACAGAGUUUGUCCUGUUGAAGUGGUCUUACUUUAGCAGUGAGGCACUGAGGAAAAUUGUGGGAAGAUUUUUGUCUCCAACAGUAAUUAUGCAAACUGGUUUUUGAAUGUAGCUACCAUACAAAUGUGGAUCACCUUCAUUUUCAAAGUUAGUGUUCCUGGGUUUUUGUCAGUAACGGUAUACUAGUUUUCAUUUCACCUUUUUCUAAUGUUUGCCCUCGACUCAGUGGCUCUCAGUGUGCAGCUCACUUCUCAGUAGCCUGCACAUUUAAUUUUGGAGGCAGACGUCGGUAUUUGGGUGUAAGGUAAUGGAUAAAAUGGAGAACAAAACAGUGUUAUUGUGAUGUUAUUCCCAUGUCAUGUCAUGUUGUGAAUGGUUUUUAUCAACAUGUAAUCACAUAUGGGAGGUAGAGCAUUUUUGUGUGUUUUUAAUUUCUACAAAAAGAGAUGAAGAAAAAGACCUAUACAAAUCAAUAGUGUGGCCUUUUCAUUCUCAAGACUUAAGAUGACAUUAUGGGAGAGUGAUGCCUUAUCAGUGCCUGAACUUGUAUUUUCAUUUAAGACAGUUUUAUUUUGUGAACCAUAUCAUUUCAUUUAUCAUGGAGAUUAAAGAGGUACUUGUUCAUUCCCCCACCCUCCCUUCUCCUAAUGCUUUUUUCAAUUUUCAGGAAGAAGUUUAAAUGGUAUAAAAGAGAUUUUCUUUCAGUGUAUCUAGUUAAAUAAAUAAAUGUUACGUAGAUCUUGUUUAGUUUUUAUUCCCUUUUUUUCUAAUUAUUCAACUGGAUUAUAUUGUCCAAACUGCUGUUUUAGUUAAGGUCAUGGGUCCAGGUCAUGAGUUUUCUUUCUAUCUGCCCUAUAUUGCGAUAUCACUUGACAUUACAGGGUUCAAUAGAUGCUGCUUUUGGCUCUGAUUGUCUGCUUUUGAUGCACAUUAACAUGUUUCAGUGUAUGUGUUGCUUCAACUUCAAUGUAGGGAGUGAGUUUUAUUUUUCCGUCGUAGCUGGAACCUUUAAUGACUUGGAGCAUUUAAAAUUUCUGUAUAUCAGAGUGCGAGCCCUUUGCUGCAGUGACUUUCAGUAUAUUUAGUCUCCAGUGACUAUUUUCACUUCUGACCUUUCACUCUUCCAGCUCUUUGAUGCCCUUGACAGUGACUUUUUGUGGGAAGUUCUAAUCACUUCUUUCAAAAAGUUGUAUUUGAAGUUUUUCUUUUUAUUAUUACAAGAUCAAUAAUUGUACUGAAUAUUGCCGAUUUUGUUCCAAGCGGGGAAUUUGACUUAAUGUCAUUUAGUAUUCUGUGAGCAUCCCAUUAGCCUACCAGCUACAUACUCAAAUUAUUUGUUUGGGGGAACCUUAUUUCUUAACGUGAGUCUUGACAGACACAGUUUGAAAUCUGCAGAAAAGCAAGCCGACCACUGCAGGAGCACAUGUCAACCGAUAUCAAUAUUAUGAUGGAAAAUGUUAAGUUGACGGGCUUGAACUUGUUUUGGUAUAAGAAAGCAGUAAUAAAACACUUGCUUUCAAAAGUUUUGUCAUAUCUUUGUUGAACUGAAAAGGGGGAGACUAUUGAUGAAUUGAGUGUUAAAUACAUUCACAGGUACAGAGCCUGACAUCUUGGGAGUGAGGACACUGUUGACUCCUGCAGGGUCCUCAGGGUGCCUCACUCAAUCUCUCCCUCUCUCUUUGUUUUUAUAUAUAUAUAUAUACACAUAUAUAUAUAUAAAUAUAUAUAGUUGAGAACUGUCCUGUAUAUAACAGUAAUGUAGCAAUAAAUGUGCCAUUUUUAAUAACAGAUUAUACCUUUUCCAAUGUCUGGCUUUUGAAUAUUGUAUACAUAAAAAGGAAAAUAAAGGAAAACAUUGUAAUAAAGGGUUUACUGUA